AGGCAUGGACUACAUCGACAAGACCGACAAUUUCGCCACGAAGACUGAAACCCGAAAACUCGUGUCCAUCGACAAAUUCACUGAUUACGUCUACUCGAGUACCCCUUCAGAUCACGUUCUGGAUGACGGAAAGAAAAACAUUCGAAUUUGGAAAAGUGACACGCUUCCCAACACGGUUGUUUGGAAUCCGAAGAACAUUUGGGAUAGAUUCGGCUUGGCUCAAGACGAAGACAAAGAAUAUGUCUGUGUCGAGCCUGGAAAAGUCACAGACAAAGUGAAUUUAGUUCCCGGAGCAGGCUGGCGGUGCUCCAUGGUUCUCAGCGCCGCCAGAGCAUGAGGCUAUUCAGGAGUCCCGGCGGAACCGUGGAUAUCCGCUAGAGUAGUGUCACACGCUUUGUUCAUCCCGAAAGCGUCUCGAUCUCUCGAAUCCCUGCUCCUGCUUCAUCCUCCGAUUCAAGAAGUUCCUAUUUUCACAUCCGUAGCACCAAAGUACCGCUGUCCCCUUCUGAGUUCAGGUACCGGAUGCCAGCAUCCGGGACGAUUGAGGCUCCCGGUCAACGCUGCCAUGCUGGAAUUCCAACGUGCCGAUGAGAUUAUGAUCAAAGUCUUCCUAUAUUUUCCUUUGGAGGAACCUUUCCCUUCUGCAUAAUACCCUUGAUGAAUCAGUUCGAGACGUAUUCAUGGCUCGACUAUGAGUCAAUGCUUCGGUUUGCUCAAUAAAAUCCUGGCGCAUAGAG